UGCCGUUAUACUAUAUACAAUGUCGCGUACGCGUACGAUCAUCGUGACGAUUUCUUAAAAUAAUACGGAGCGACAGAGCGCGAUUCAAAAUCGACAUGGAAACUCGCGGCGGGCGGAGUUCCGGCUUGAUCGUCGAGACGUAGUCGGCGCGCGGCGAGACCAAGGUGGUGGAGCGACGGCAGGGGAAAGGGAAGGAAGGAAAAGAAAAGUAAAGUAAAGUAAAGAAGGGGAAACGAGGCGGUAAACCCGAGGAACAGUUUCGGACGAUGAAUUAUUAAUGGUCGUAAAAGAGGGUCCCCGACGUGGGUGACGAGUGCGCUUACGCGGCAGACAGAGAACCUCCCUGCGACCGGACCUGAAAACCUUUCUGCGCGCUCCCGUGUGCGAGGACAAAAGGAGUACGUUUCGGAGUCAUUGAAUUACGAAUUGACUCGCGAGUGACGCGCGAUCGAUCGAUCGGCUGCUUCGGACGAUCCGGUCCGCAGCGGCGUCGAUCGCAGACUUGGGGGGAAAGAAAAAGGGGAUCGAAGGAGACGUUCUCGCUAUGUGUUUCGCGAUUACUCCACCGAGAUUUUCGAUCCUCCGGAUUCCCCGCGCGAUGAUGCGGACCGCGCGCGUUCGCGCGACGGUAACCGGGACCGCCCUUUAAAGGGUCACCGUGACCCGUUAGCGUUUCCCUGCCUGGAAAUUGUCCAAGUCCGAGCAAAGUGUGAGUUCUCGAGUCCCCGAGGGGCUUCGAUACCCACGGGAUCGUUCGGAGGUCAAAGGAUCUAAACAGCCGAGCUGACAUCGCGUGAAGAAGCGGAGUGCAGCGGUGGUGAACAGGGCGAGGACCUUAUCCGAGCAGUGUGCGAACAGUGUGCCAGGCGGACAACGACGACAGGUGGAAAGUUUCGCGGCACGCGGCGCACCGCCCGUCCAAAGUUUCGCCAUAAUCAUUUCCACGCGCGUUAUCGCCUACGUGGUGACUACCCUACGUAGUAGGGGAUGCAGGCGCGCGUCGUCCGACGGGAUAGCAUCUCGCAAGAAUCUCGAUAGGACACCGCCGUGUUCUCGCGAUUACUCGAUCCUCUCGCGACGGAUUGUAACCUCGGAGCGAUCGCGACGUCCGCCGUUUCGUUUCGCGACGGAUGCGGUCCCGGCUGAUUGCUGCGCGACGACACUUGUGUGUUGAUCGGCGUAAGAGCCGGAGCAAGGCGCGAUAACCUCGCCUUAUCGCCUGGUGUGCUGUAUCAGUGAGUGGAUGGUGGUAGCAGCUAAUUUGGGUGGAUGAUGUGAAUCGUUUCAGUACCAAAGUGCAAACGUACUACCAAACAGUCGCGGAAAUGGCUCUAAGAUGGCAAGCGAGGCUCUCGAUUGCUGCCAUACUCUUCAUGUGCACGGAAGAGGAUGCGUUCCACUUAACGCUCGCAACGAUCACGAGCAUCAUUCUAUUCUCGCUUCUCUUGGAUGUUAAACAAAGACAGAACGACGCUCGCAAGUGGAACCUGCCUCGAGUGAAAUACAUUGAGUCUAGGAGAUCGGACGAUAGAUAACAUGGACAGACACUCGAUGCAGAGCAGACCUCGACAACAAUUGCUGGAUCAUUCUUCCGGCCUGAAGUCGAAACCAGAUCCCACCUUCGACUUCACGCAGAACACCAACGUGACAGCCCUUAUCGGAAAAACUGCAUACCUCACGUGCCGUGUCCGCAAUCUGGGCGACAAGACCGUGUCCUGGGUCAGGCACAGAGACAUUCACAUCCUCACGGCCGGGGCGUACACAUACACAAGCGACCAACGAUUUCAAGCAAUGCACAAACAAAACACGGGUCAAAAUAGUGAAUGGUCCGAGUGGACCCUCUGCAUAAAGUGGGCGCAGGAGCGAGACCAGGGUAUCUACGAAUGUCAGAUUUCCACCAUACCCGUCAAGUCGCAUCAGUUUCGCUUGAACGUCGUUGUACCUACGGCGACGAUAUUGGGCGGGCCUGAGCUGUACGUCGGUGCAGGCAGCACGAUAAACCUGACGUGCGCCAUACACUUCAGCUCGGAGCCUCCAGCCUACAUCUUCUGGUACUACAAUGAGAAUGUCCUGAGCUACGACAGUCCCAGGGGCGGCAUCUCGGUGAUAACCGAGAAGGGUGGCGACGUCACCACCUCUUGGCUCCUUAUUCAGACGGCGCAGCCCUCGGACUCCGGGGAGUACAGCUGCAAACCCAGCAACGCCAAUACGGCGUCCAUCAGGGUUCAUGUCCUAAAUGGCGAGCGACCGGAAGCGAUGCAGACCGGGACCGCGGGGCCGAUACUGUCCUCGAGCUGUCUUUUGGUGUCCCUGAUCAUUUUGUACAUAUCUUCGGUGUAAUCGAAAACAGCGCCAACGGCCAGAGUUCACAUCCGUCGCGGUACGUUUCUCUUGCGUCCACGCGAAUGCAAUCGAACCAUUUCACCGGAUACAUGACAACUGCGAGGCGGCAACCACGGUUUGCACAGAGUGCAAACAAACUCUUCAAAAGUGAUCGGGGAGGAAGGACUUUGGCUGGUGCAUUGUCCCCUCCCCUCCGACAAUCCGUGAUGUUUUUGUAAGAGCGGAAAACUGCCAAUUACGGGAAAAUAGCGAUUCUACUUGACAACGCGGUAGCUUUCAAUUAAUUCAUUACUACUUCUUACAAAAGCAUUACGAAUUACCAGUUAUUAGGGAUGUAUCGGGUCGUGUGUGGGAGGUAUCACACAGCGAAACUCUGCCGAGGAAUGUUGGGCGACACGAAGAUUGAAAAGUUGCAUCUUGAAGCUUCCCUUCACGAUGAGCGAACAGUUAUUUUCUUUUCCCUUUUAAAACAUGCGUUCGCCCCUUGGAACUAUUUCUUGCUUCACUAUUAACACGCUCUACACUUGUGCAAAUCUUCAGAUUCUCCUUCAUUCUCGCGUCGCCGAACAUUCCUCGCAAAUGUAAGGGAAACUCACGAACCUGUCCCCCCUUUUUUAACACACGAAAGGACGAUAAUACUCGAGUUAUCGUCGAGCUUAUCGCGCAACCGUUUUCUACGUCAGCUCGUACGUCAUGAGUUAUCGAGCCCGCGCCGACGUGUGACAGAAAUCAAAAUGAAGAGCGUGGAAGAACGCGUGAAUCUUCGUCGCGCGCAUUACGGAUGGAAUCGUGCGUGCUACCGAUGUGAACGCGCGGUCUCGAUGAAAAGGCAUUUAGUUAAGCAAAUGUCGAUGCUAAUGCCGGAAGCGCCGAGGGUGCUUCGCGGUGGAUCCGGUGGGCGAAGGCAGACGCACGAGCGGAGAAGAAUCCGCCACCGUGGCGGUCGCUGCCGAGGUCGAGCCCCUCGAUAAUCCAGGUAAUCCGCAUCGAGAGAAACCGAUUUACGAGAAGCGUAAAGGCGAGGAGCGAUUGCCUUACGGUACGGUUUUACGAGCGGUCGAAUCUUGGAAAUGCAAGCUACGUGGAUGGGAUCCAAUGGAAAAUAAAACGUGACUCGAGUGCUCGAUCCGGCAAUUUUCCGUAUUUCAUAAAAUUGCCGCUCGAUAAUCGGCUGUACACCCGCGCACUCUCCAACGCCGUUCCUAAUCUCGGUGACUCUUCUCGCGAUUUUAUUGCGCUCUGCCGAGGGCGUGUCACGCUCACUACGAUUAGUUUCAUUGUGUUUGCAAAUCCGCUGGAUAUUCAAAUCUCGGUCUUUGUGCGAUCAAUCUCAGCAAGGAUAUAUUUUCUUUGGCGACGGGAAGAGCCGAAGUAGGGUGCUAACUUUAUAUCAAUUCUAGAAUGUGUGUUCUAACGUGUGUACAAUGAAAUGCAAGCAUUGAAGGAAAUAUCGAUUUUAUAUUGACAUUCGCAUCGCAAAUACUGAGCCACUCUGCAAACAGUAUCAAUCAUCGAUCGAACCUGUAUCAGAUAACGUUAAGCUAAUCAGUUGGAAUUAAUUAGAAUCAUCAGUGUGAUAUAUCAAAUACGUUUCAAACGUACGUCGAGUAAGUAACGGGAAAUUUUCGAUGCAAACAAAUGUAAUGAAAUAUCUGUGAUACGAAGCACGAUUGCUAAUACAAAUAUUAAGGCUGGGCGGAUCAAUUCAUGUAUUGUGAAGAACGCGCACAGAUAUGUGCUAGUUCGAGGCGAUUUGCGACGAGGAAUCAAUGGCUGAAUGCAAUCCGCAUUAAGUCGGUUAAAGUAGCCCCAUUGUGUGCGUCACGCACUUCGAUUACGUCCUAAUUUUCUAUCAUCCGUGAUCAGCGCAUUGGUUGGCACAACGUUCAAUAGCAUAAAGACAAAUCAUGGAGACAUAUUUGAUAUUCAACGUUCGAUUUCCGUGUUGGAGCUGUUAAAAUGAAUCGUCAUUAACAAUCGAGAUUUGAAAUAUGUAGAAGUUAUGAAAUGUUAAUGAGGAGAUUAAUUGCUGUUAUUUCCCUUGUGAUUAAAUAAACGCGAUACGAUUUUAUCGGUGAAUACGGAAAAAGUUGACAAAAAUAUAUUAUGAGAAUGAAAUGAAAAAGUAUAUAAUAUACAUAUUAUAUUAUAUUAUGUAUAAAGAAGAUAGAUUGCGAAAAGAUCUCAAGAGGUACAUAUAUUUAUGGAAACAAAUCAGCAUACGCGCACGUGCGACAAUGUACGGUCAAUAACAAAUUAUCACAAUUGCUUCUCGACAACACACAAAAAAUAAUUAGGAAUAAUUGAGCGUUCAUUGAUGCGUCAUGUGACCAUGUGAGGUACCAGCGGGAAAUGCAAUUAGCGAGAAUAAAUAGCACUAAACGCGGCAUACGUGCACAUAAAAGUUAAUCUUACGGUUGCAAAUAAACGAGAGUGAAACGAUUGAAUAAUUGAAUCUACUGUGCGUGGAAAUUUAAUACAAUAAUCGCCGGCGAUUAUUGCGAACUGUGCAUAAAUAAGCAUUUUAUCAAUGAAAACAAUACCGUUGGGGAGGGGGGAGGUCGCUUUAAAUUUCGACACAGCGAAUAGAAUGUCGGUUAGCCCCAAGGAAAAUAUGCAUAACGUGAAUAAUUCCCCAAUAUAUGUUUGCGUUAAUUUUACGAUCGGUUGCGCCCGAUUGUUUUUAUAUAUUCAAUAAUCGCGAUGAUUGCUGCAUCAUGUUUACUUAUAUAUCUACGAAUGCGUAUGUAAAAAAUAUUUUCCCUAGAUUGUGUCAGAUCCGCGAUGUUAACUGCUGCGCAAUAAUAUAUCAUCCUUUAUAGGCGAAAUUGUUCUAUUAAAUAACGUUUGAAACCGAGAAAAUUUAAAAUUGUGAAAAAGUCACACAUUUAUUUGACUGACUUACGCCGGAUAAAUCGUUGCUCCAAUUAAAUUCGCGAAUACAUAUUGGUGCAGAGAAGAUAGAGAGAGAGAGAGAGAGAAUCAUAGAAUUCCAGAUAUCAGUACGGUAUCAGGGCGCGUAUCGAUAAGAUGGUAUCGGCAUGGUUUCUCUGAAUGUAUCAUUUAGUCGGCAGAAGGCCGAAGUAAUUGAUCAAACGUCGAGCACUCCCGUCAUCGUUUGUCCGGACAUCAUCAUCGCUCGAACGAUCGCGGCGGCAUAAUCGGAAGGAUCGGGGCAGUGUAUUCUCUCGACGGAUGAGCGGGGCGCAGAGACCGAGAGGCUGAAAGACGGACCCUGGAUGGAAGGAAGUGUUUCGUGUGCGCGCGACACACGUGUGUUAACGUCGCGCUCGUCGCGGAUAGACGUUAAACCUGAUGAAUCUGUGAUGAUACCGCACGUGUGCAAACACAUCGAUGCCUCGGACACGUGCCUCAAGGAGGCAUGCGGCUACAUACGGAUUAAGCGUAAUGGCGCUCCUAAUUAACAAUUCGACGAAUGCGCCGGACUGUUCGGCAUUUAAUAAGCGUCCGCAACGCCACCGGCAUUAGCAUCGCCGUAUCAACGCGAAUUGUAUAUAGUGUCUGUAUUAUAUAACUCCGUACGACAUCACACUCACUCACACGCCUUGCGCGCCGCACGGAAACUUCGGCGCGAGCCGAUCCUCUCCCUUCGCUCUACCACGAACUGUGUCCGUGAGAUCCGCGGAUUUCCCCGGUCGAGGAAAUCACGCUCCGAUCGCACUUACGCGAACGCGCGCGCUCGAGAGAGGAAGAGAGAGGGGGGACGAUUUUCACUUUCUAUUUGUGUGUGUUUCGAUGUGACAUCCUGCCGGAUAGCACUGGCGAACGACGAUUGACUUCUCCGGCUGAGAGAGGAGCGCUCGCGCGCAGGAGGCUUCGUUUCGCUUCUUCAGCGGAAACUUUUCUCCCGCAACAAUCAUUGUUAUUCGUUCGUUUGAUAAGAAUUAACUUUCGAUACGUGGCCUUUCUUCGUAACAUCGUCACAGAUAUUGCCCGUUUCGGAAUGAGCGCUCGAGCAUUUUAGCUUUUGAAUCUCUUAUGUGGAUAUUCGGCGAAGAUACAAUCUCAUGAUAUUUGGUUUAUUUUCGGACCAACGGAGCAUUGAGCAACUUUUUAUCGGAGGUAGAGAUUUAAAAACAUUGGCGUAUGGAUUGAAUAUAUCGUUUCCAUUUGUUCACCGAUACAAAUUUGGUUUUGCGGAAUCCGCAAAUAUCGUCGAGCUUGCAAGACUGGCUGCGGGAAGUCGAUGAGAGAAAUUGCGGUUCGUCCGCCAGUGCGAUUGGUUAGUAUCGAAAGUAUCGCUUGGGCCAUCGGCGCUCGACGUAAACGAAGUCGCUCGUAUCUUCGCGCUCCUACGCAAGUCCCGAUAGAAUGACGAAGUGGAUGUCUGUCCCGUCUAGCAAGGAUUCCUUGCGGCGACACGGACGGUCGUUCGUCAGAAGCGAUUUGUAACACGAUGAGUCGAGGAGGCGACGAAGAAACACAAUAAUGCCGCCGUUAUUCCGCGACACUUCUUGAAAAAGAAGAGUCUCAUAUUUGAGGAUCUUGCGCCUAUUUUUAAUCCUGCCUCUUCUAAUUUCGCGAGUCCAAAAAUUUGUUGAAUUUUCCAAUAUCUUUUCUUUCAUUCGUGGCGAUUGAGGAACGUAGGAAAUUUCACACAAGCUGUAUAUUCCGAAUUAUUGACAUGCUUCUUUUGGAUAUUUUAUUUUUCCGCCUGAAACCUAGACUGUGUUGUGUUCCGCAAAAGGAGGAAGGAUAAGUAAAAGUGUGCGGGAAAGAGUCUCGUGGAGAAAUCUCAAAUCAGGACCCGUUGUUACCUCACUGCGCGGGUGUGGAAAGGGCACGCGAUGUCGAGAGAGCGCCGGCAAGAAAGAUAAUAUUUCGGAAGUUCUCUCGAGGGACGAGCUCGCUAGAGUCACGCUUACGCGUGCGGUUCGGCGGUGGAAUAUACCGCUCUUGAAGACAAUGAGAAGUCGGGAGAAAAAUAAUUGCGCGGGCGGGGACGGGUGCCCGAGCCGAAACAAAAGUUCGCCCGCAUUUUUCUUCCUUUUCGGCGGAAACUAGGUGUAAGAGAUAGGAAGCGCGCCGUCGAGUCGCGGGACCGACUCCGCAAUGCGUGCCGCAUCGAUUUUCCAGCUGCCGAGCGGAUGUUUGGGAAACGUAUCGAUGGACCCAGUUAUUCCGGUUAAAUACAGGACUCGCAAAUAUCUGUUACUAACAGAAUUCGAUGAAAUUUCUUCUUGAUGUAAAGUCCGAGUCGCUAGCAAUCAACAUAUAUACACAUACACGUACAUAUCGAAAUGCAAAUGAACACAUAAGGAAAUUUUGCAUUUCAUUUAAUUUCACGCUUUCAUGGAACUUCAUUAGGCGAUAUCGGCUUCCUUUUGAUAUACGUUAACGAAGCCAUUCUGUGGAUAAUGCGAAAAUAAAAACAAACGUGCUAUUUCUCUCAUUUCGAGUUGCAUUUACGCGAAUCGGAAUACGAUAGAUAUAGUUUAUCCUCGUUUGUGCAACUCGAUGCCAUGUUACGCAGAUCCUAUUGCAAUUCAUUGUUCUAUUGCCUGUAUCAUCAAUAACGCUAGUUAAACCGAUGUCUCUUUGCAAAUAGAUACUCGUCCGAAAAUACAUUUCAUUAGAAAACUAAUUAUUCCACCUGACGCGUGCUAGUUAAAAUAAUUGACGCGCCACAUGCACAGGAGAUAUAUUAUGUUUUAGUUAUUACCUUAACAUCUCUUUAUUCAUACACAUACACGAAUACGGUUAUCAUACGUUUUCUCAAAGUACGCAGAAUAUGCAUUUUCUCGCGUUCCUCAUUUUAAUAAGUAUAAAUAAUAUUUUUUUUAUAUAUUAACUCAAUCUCUGUGUUCGUCAUCUUAAGUCGGUAAAUUAUAUGAUACAAAUUAGAGGUAAGCAAGAAAAAUUUGGCUGUGAUUAAUCAGCUUAUAGAAAAUAUUAUUAUUUCACCCUAUUUCUAAUCUCUUGUUUUUAUAUUUCAAUGUUACGAGAUAUUAUAAAUUAACAUAAGGCUACUUGUAUAAAUGAAUUGCAGUGCACAAAAAUGCCAUGUUUAUCGUAAGAAAAAAAUCAUGAAAUUUUACACUCUGUUGAAAUUUCUCUUGGAUACCUCCCUUAGUCGCAAUUGCGAUUCGGUUGAUACCUAACGUAACUUAGAACAAAUUGCCUUCCUUUAUUGGCGCAUAACGAUUAGCCGGGUCGUGCAUCCGGGGCAAAUCCAAAAUCAAAUGCGAUUUCGCGCGGGCCAUUACGCGGCAUUCAUCAUCUUCCAAAUGCAACGCGGGCGCAAUUAUUGUCCGAUCCGGGCGAAAGCCUGGCAACAGCAACCGCGCCAAACUCGGAUCGCUCGUCCCUCUCUGCAACCCCUCGCGGAAUAUUACUUCCUAAUAAUACGAAUUAUCGGUUGAAAGGCUCGUUUUAUUACGCGCCGCGUGCACACGCGAGCGAAAUCACGCCAACCGAGUGCCGUGAUCAAAUAUCGUACCAGGCAUCGCGUGGCUUCGCGCGAGGUCUGUUGUAUAAAUGAAAACGGAUGAAACUUCAGCUUCGGACCGUCCGUCAACAGGCAUCGCGGAACAAUCGUGCGACGGUGAUACAUGUCGAUUUCUUUUUAUAAUCGAGCAGAUAAUUAGAGGAUACCCUUUUCCGAUGAGUUUAGAGAGGCGAUUUUUCCUCGACGACAAAUGUCGAAGAAGCUCGUUACGUGUCGAAAUGUUGCAUACUUUGGCGUACACACAUUUCUAACUAAGCUUCCAAUUAAAGAUUGUAAAUUCGAUCGGAAUCGAUCGGGGAAGGAGACUCCGACGGUUUUCUUCUCCGAAAACGAAAUUCGUAAAUAGUUCUUAUCCGUGCGAGGACGCGCGAGGUUGUUUUCGUCGGGGAUAAAUCAAUUCCGAAUCAGCUAAAAAUCUGCGAUGAAAGGAACAUCCGAUGAUUCGAGGACGGCCCCGUACAAAAUAGAAUCGGACAUGUCCCAAAUUCCUAGAUCCGUGGACCGCAAAAUGAGGUAAACGCGGCACGUUGCUCCGAACUCGGAAAGAUGAAACGAAUUCGGAUUUUGUUCAUUCCACGUGGUCGGCCGAGUUGAGAAUUGAAUUCCAGGCGCGAACGGAAUCCAAUUCGAAGUCCGUGGUUGUCCGCGAACCGUCUCCCACGUCCUCUCGUCCUGAUCUCCUAACUUGGUAGGAAACUUCGCGCGCAGUCCGACGCGCGAUCGUUUUCCUUCCUGCAUCUUCACUUUCCACGGUCGCACCACCUGUCUUCCCUCGAUAUAGACGCUCACGAUUGCUUUCCCGUAUAAAUACCGCGGAUGUUUUCGCGAGUUUUAACGUUACCGCGGCACUCCAGACUGCGAUUACACCCACUUGUACAUACGUACACGCGAUCUGUGAGAGACACUCGGAAGGAAGAUUCGACACUCGAAUUUGCGAAAUUAUGGGAAGCGAUUUCACGGAAGAAAAUUGGGAGAUUUCAGCGAUAAAGUGCGUCGCUCUCGCCUCUCUCGACUCGUCCGCAUCGCGACGCUGCGUCCAAUUUGCGCGCUGCACAUUUUACCGCGAGCACAAGCGCGAAACGAUGCGCGCCCGAUAUGCGCGAAAUAUCGCGACGAAUGAUAGGCGCCGAGAGGGAAACUAAUCGUUAACUAGAACGUGAAUUAAUCGUUAACGAAAGUGCGCUCCGACGACAAUGCGACGGACUGGAACUCGACGGGCCGUAGAUUCUAAUCGACGAUUUUGCUAAGCGCAAGCGUAAGAGAUAAGAAGAAGAAAGAAAACAAUGAAAUGAACACAGAAGAAAUCAGUAAUCGCAGUGAUAUCGUUAGAAUAGAUAGGUAUAUUAUUGUACAUACUAUGAUAUUACGAUGUUUACUAAAUAAAAAUGUUGAAAGGAA